UCGACAACAGAAACAUCCUGAUCGAUCCUUACUUGACCUAUCCAAUUCUUAUUCCCCGACCUUCAGAGUGGCUUGACUGGUGAUCUGCUGCAAGUUUUACAACCGUGUGGAUGCUGGGUCGCUCUGCUACUACUGCACCCUCGCUCGUGUCGUGCGGCUUGUCAGCUAUGCGCAUUCGUUAGUGACAUCGAUAGCUGGGAUUAUUAUUAUUUUUUCUGUGGAGAUGGAUAAGAAAAGCCACAGGCGUAGCACCCUCGCGGUGCAGCAGGCGACCCCUUCUCAGUCGCGACCUGCAUCCUACCACCCUCCCUCUGCACCCCCCAACCACAGCUUGUCUCUCAAGCAUCGUAAGAAUAACAAAACAGACCCUCCUCUACCUGCAUCUCUAGUCCGGGUCAAGGGACAAGUCGCAAUGAGUACUCCGCCUUCAGAAAUGUCGUGGCUGAAGGAUCAGUCGCCGAUGUCAGGAACACCUGGGACACCUCAGGGAUCCCGAACAACUCCGGAGCCUGGUGCAACAUCUCUAGUGAACCCGUCCUCCGCUCUUCUGCAGGAUUUGUUAAAGGAACAGCGCGCUACUCGAGGAUCUCGGGGAACUGCAUCAGAUGAUUGUGACGAGUACGCCCCUCGUACGCCCGACCGCUGUCAUUCCCGCGCCAAUUCCCAAUCCAAGUCCCUGCAACACUCCCAUUCUCGAUCGCAAGACGACACAUCAUCGGAGAAGAAACGCAAAGUCAAUAAUGCCCUUUCAUCUGGGCUCAGACAGCCACGAGAGAUGGGGAUGAGGGAAAUGGAUCAAUAUGUUUCGAGAAUAAAUAAACAAAACUUUGAUCUGAAACUUGACAUAUUCCAUCGCAUGCAGCAGAUGGCCACACUCGAGAAAAAGCUGGAGCGAAUGGAGGAGCUAGAAGAAGAAAUUAACCGAUUGCAUGGACUGGAGGACGAGCUGCAAGAGCUCCGGGAUGCCGAAUCGGACAACCAGAGACUGCGGGAAUCCAACGAGCAACUUCGACAGGAGCUGGAUAAGCGUGACCAUGCAGUUACGGAGGCAGUUGAGCUCAUUUGCCAGCUUGAGGCGAGAGUGGAGGAACUGGAAACGGGUGGAAGCUCGUCAAGACCCUCUACGGCUUGCCCUGAUACAAGCGAUGGACCUGCUGUCAACAGCCCGCAACUUCCUGCAACUUUCGAUAUCCCGGAAAGGAAUUCUUCGAAACGAGGUACCAUGCUCAGCCAGAGCCGACAAGUCUCUUCGGACUCCGGUUACCUACAAAGGGCACCUUCGUUCCUUCGCGAUGAAACCAAGAGCACCGCAGUCUUACGGAGUCUCUACCCGCCCAAUGGAAAUACUGCACGAUCCUCUCACAGUACCAUGACCAAGACUGAAAGUCUCCACUCCAUGAACGAGAUGACCGAAGCAGAGUCCCCUAGACUCAGCGCACUCAGUGAAUGUAGUGACUUGGAACCGCAUGACAGCUCAGUACAACACAACACAUUCGAUCAACUUGAAAUCCCACUGCGGAACGAAGAUCUGGCUUCUGAAAUUUCCGGCCUGAGUGAAGAGCAGGCCAGCAAAAAUGACCGCAUCGACCAGUGGAUAGAACCCCAGCCGGAUGUCUUCUCUGAGCCCGUAUCCAAACGAAGGAACCGCGCCUCCUGGAACGUAAUCCGCAUGGAAGAUUCUAGCCAUGAACGUGAUUUCUACAUGAACGGCUCCCUUGAAAAGACACGCCUCAGACUUGACGGUGUGUUUGGCGAAUCCAGGCUCCCCCCUACUCCCGAUACGAUGAGCACGGCAUACGCAGUGGGCAGGAAUGGAUCUGAUGGUAGUAUUACUACAGAGAAGGGCCGAGCAGAGGCCAUGAAGCGAAGGCUUGCACGGCCUCGGUCAAUGGAUGAAUUGACCACUCGACGGGGCUCUGCGAACAGUUUAGUGACUGAUAGCAUGCACACCAAUCUCAGUGAUACUACACGCCUUGGACUCGGCACUAACCAAAGGGAUGAUACUCCAUCUAUUUUCCCGUUCAACGGUCUUCCCUUGAAUGCCAAUGAGCUUCUUGGACAAGGGGCCCCUGACAGGAUCGGUUUCGGCUACUACGGAGCUGAUACAAUGCUCAAUGGAGAGGCUAUACGAAAGGUCCUUUCCAAAAUGGACAAGGAUCACUACUCUCCGCCCUAUGCUGCCACUGGGGAGGAAGAGCCUGCUGAUACUGGUUCUUCAUCGCCCCCUUUGACACCCCAGGACUGGAUCGAAGCCGGGAAGUCCGCGCCUCGUUCCCGAAAAGAACGAUACCGCAGCAUCGACAACGAUGCCAUUCAACGUCGAACUGGUGCCACUCCUACUGGUAGACAAGCUGGCGCCCGGACUCCAAGCCAGUCCUCUUAUCUUGCUCGUCGCCAUAGUAUGGACUCAACCGCCAGGGAAUCGGAGGUUCCAAAUGUACCAACUCUAGAUCUCAGUUCAUUGGAUUCAAUUUCUCCGCCUGCGAUUCCGCGACCUCCCCGGCAGGAGCCUGAGCCUGAGCCCGAAUCUCGAAGGCGACUAAGUAUUCUGCCGUUCUUUGGCCGCUCACUUGGGAACCCCCGUCGCUUGCAGCCCUCCCCAAUGCCGGACCCCGCGGAUGCAGACGACGGCGCGCCGUCUCCCGUCAUCCGCAAGACCAGGCAAAUAGUUAACUCGAAACCCUCAGCUCCUGCAAACGGAGAUUUGAUCACGACCCCGACACAUGGGGAGGCAAAUUCCGGAGACAACAUCCACAAGACCCUUCCCCAUUCCUUCACCGAGUCAAACCUGUCGUCUCAAGGGACGGUAGCUCGACCAUCGACAUCCAACUCCAACCCCAACAACCAGAAGGAGCACAAGAGACGAGGUUCUCUUGGAAUAUUCGGUUGGAUGAAAGGGGCCAGUGGAAUCGGCUCCAGCAGCAAGAAACAGGAGCCUAAUUCUCCCACACAGCCCACUGCCGGGACGGUCAGGGAGAAGCAACCAUCCCGGUUGGCCUACGACAAUUCAGGGACUGCGCAGGCGAUGAAUUCUUCUGUGACUGCAAUGAAUGCCAAUGUCGAGGCCUUCACGUCCAAUGCAAAGCAAGUCUCCCGAUUCGAUGAUGACGAUCAGGGACGACGACCGAGAUAUAUGGAACGUCGCUCUCGUCGAGCUCAAUAAAAAAAAGAAAACGAAAGAAAAAAGCAAAAAAGACAACAAACCAGAUUUUCAUGACCAGGUCUACGAUCUAUGAUCCAUGUCAUUACAUGAAUGUUUCAAAACAUACCUGCUACCGCAUUCUGACCCACCCUAUUCUGUACCUCAAUAUUUUCCCUUUUUGGUUCAUACGAUACCCCUAUACGUUUUUUUUCUCCUUUUUCAACCCAACAGCAAUAAUUGCACCGAGGGAUUUACUCAAACAUGUGGUAUGAGGAAUUCUUUC